UUACGUCUAUCCUUUCACCUCCACAUUGUGAUCCAAGUUUCACUCUCAGGAUGUCUAAUCACACUCUUCUGGAUCACAUAGUUUCACAGACCAGGCAGAAUGUCGAGUUGUUGAUGUCUCAUAACAAGAUAUCUCCAUCGGAUGGCCGCGAUAUUCUACUCAAGCUUCCUAGCACUGGGGUGGCAGGAUCAAUGAUAGCAAUCACACAGCAAACGCAGCGCCUUUCAAUAUCUCCGGCGCCCGCUCAGAGCCUCAUGAUAAACAAUAAUGCUGGCUUGCGUGUGUCGCCAAAGUUAGAAGCCCGUGCGAUCUGGGACUGGGAAAGCGAGGAUCCCAAUGAUCUAUCGUUCCAUGCCGGAGAUAUCAUAGAAAUCGUGAAAGAGACCAACGUAGAUUGGUGGACAGGUCGAAUCAAGUCGGGGAAGCAGGGCCUAUUUCCUUCCACAUACGUGGAGAGACUGGCUCCGCGGUCUGUCUCUCCACCACCAAUGUCUUUCCCUGAAUUUCAAAAGACAGGGACAUCAUCGGAUUCGAAGUAUGGUUUGGCCUCGGAGCCCAAGUACAUGCCUCCAGGUCUUCCAGGCCCUCCACAGUAUUCUUCACCACAGCCUGUGCAACAACCAUACCCGCCGCCACCUGGUCCACCACCUGGACCUCCAACCGGUGGUUAUCCUGCCCCUCCAGCCAGUGGUUAUCUUUCUCCUGGUCCUCCUGUAGGAGGUUAUCCGCCUCCUUCCGGACCUCUCGUGCCUCCUUAUAAUUCUUAUUCGGGAAAUCCUCCAGUGGCUCAGCCAGUUCCUCAGCAGCCCCCAAAGAAGGGUCGUUUCGGAAAUCUUGGCACUAUGAUGGCACAGUCGGCUGCUGGUGGUCUUGGGUUCGGUGCAGGUGCUGCCAUCGGUGGUGAUAUCGUGAACUCAAUUUUCUAGACUUCCUGCGUUGCACAGUUUACACAAUUAUCUAUGCUACCUCUUUCUUGACUAGACUGGAGAAUGAGCAUGUUAAGUAGGUUGGUUCUGGUAUUAGAUGCUAAAUUCAAACUCCGCGGCCAUCUGUCACAUUUACGUUUGUGCUUCUCCAGC